AUGAAAGAAAACGUCGUUUCGACAUCAAAUUCGGUUGAAAAAAUUUUCGAACAAUGUCAUGUAGAUUUUCAUGAUUAUGAUAAAUUUUCAGAAAUUGGUCCUAUUAUUGGUUCAGGACCUUCCGGUGAAAGUUUUUGUGCUGAUUGGAAAUCUCAUGGAAUGAUUGUUAUGUUAAAAAAAUGGAAGGGAAAUCUUGAUACUGAUGAUAAAUCUGUUAUAGAUAAAUUUAUUAGUGAGAAAAGCAGUAAUGAUAGUAUUUCAAAUAAUAUGAAACCUAGAUUUCGAAGAUCAUCUUCAUCUUCCGAAGGCAAAAGUACAUCACCUACGAAUAUUACCGAAAAUCAAGUUUCAAAUUCUGGAAAAUUUAAAAAGCUUGGAGCAAUAAACACUGAACUAAGUAAUUCGGCUUUUAAUGGAAAAAGACCAUCCCAUUCAAGAAGUAAUUCAUUUCACGAGAGUUUAUCAACUCCAACAACACCAACUUCUCCAAGUCCGAAUGGAAAUAACAAGAAAAUAAUAGAAAAUACUGAUUCGAUAUUCCUCAAGGAAUUAUUAAAAUUUUUUGCAGACAUAUUAGAAUUAAGCGGUGAUUCUGUUGCGAUGAUCUCUAAUAUCAAGGAAUAUUUACACAAUCGAUCGAGAGAACACAAGUCAACCCUUAAAACUUUGAAUCAACAUAAAAAUAAUCCACAAUUUGGACCAAUCAUAGGUUACUUUUACGAGAAUUCAAUUGCUGCCGCUAGUGGAUAUUCUUUAGCACAAAGUAGGAUUGAUGGUUUAUCAAAACAAAGAAGGCCAUCAUCUGUUUUAAAA